GGGAAUUUAGGGUUGACAGUCAUGAGCUACGAUUUCCAAUUUGCGACGACAACAAACUUGACAUGGCAGCAAGACUGAACCAGGUAGCGGCCCGGAUCAUGGGCGGCUCCGGCGCCGUUUCUCGCUCUGUUGGGUCCUCUCUCCGCCAGCGAUCCGGAAUGGGCCUCCCUGUGGGCAAGCACAUCGUCCCUGAUAAACCGCUACCCGUUAAUGAUGAACUUGUGUGGGAUAAUGGAACUCCAUUUCCGGAACCUUGUAUCGAUCGGAUUGCUGAUAAUAUUGGGAAGUAUGAGGCGUUGGCUUGGAUGUGUGGCGGGCUGGGAUUUUUUGCGUCGCUUGGGCUGUUAGCUGUGUGGAACGAUAAGGCCUCAAAAAUACCAUUUACACCCAAGGUCUACCCUUACGAUAACCUGAGGGUUGAGCUCGGUGGAGAGCCCUGAGGUUGUUUUCUCACCAGAUCUUUUGCCUGCUGGUAAUCAUUUAUAACUCAGGUUUUCUCCUAUCAAUUGGAAUAAAUUCUUGAGUAAUGAAAAAUAAAUAUGUUAAUGCUUUGAGAAUCAUAUUUAAUUUCUGAAUUCUGUGUGGUACACAAUCUUUACUUUGGAUUAUCACAUGUUGAUCUCUCUCUGUACUGUGGUUUAGUUCUUCAAAUGUUUCAGUGAUGAGGAUGAGGUAAACAGUAAUAUACAUCCUGUCUUGAUGUUUCCUAA